GAAGGACGAAUACCGCAGUGCGAAGUCCGGUACGAAAGGACAAGGGGAAUACUCAACCAGCUAGGUUGGAUUCGCAGAGCACAAGAGGCAGCGUAGAGACCAAGUUGACAUGGUGCCAAUAUUGCCAAGGACGCCUGAGUGAUUCCCAGUAGGGUGGGUCUUGGACCCAGAUUACGCUGUGUCGGUGGAGAUGGGACAUGAUGAUUGGCAGGACUGUCUAAAUGAACCAGAUCAGCAGCCGAAGUGUAGUUCUAACAACCUCAGUGCACGAAGUCAAUAGAAGGACGCAGAGCCGAAGCAAUAAGUCGUUAGCCAAAGCCUGCGUCAGCGACAAUCGACACAAUGAUGGUAUGCAUAGAGGUGUUGGCGUUGAGUCCAUUGCAAUUGCAAAUCGCGAACGCAUUCACGAGGUCAAUUUGGAUGAGCCGCGCAUGAGCUUUCGCCAAGUCGGGGCGGCACGCAGUAUGGAGUGCAAUGAGACGUCUCGAAUGGCUGAAGCUCUCCGUCGUCGAGGGUGGAUAAUGGUACUGCCACUACCCGUCGUCGACCUGGGUAGAUGCCAUCGCACUGAGGAGCAACUGUUUCGAUGCAUCGUCAAGUCCAAGAGACAAGAACAUAGCCACCCGCUGAACACAGGGCUAUCCCCAAGAAAACAGCGGACGGCGGCGAGCACGCGCUGUCGUCCGAUAUCGUCGUCGGCAUAGUCUGGUACGAUCCGUCGAGCUCGAGAGACCGAUCGGUCGUGGCGGGAGGAAGGGGAGGGAGGAGGAUGGCGAGGAGGAGGGUGCAGUAUAUGACUGUCACCGUUCUUUUGUCUUGCGGGAGCGC